GCUCCAGGACCACGAAAAGUUUGUUCACUUGGGAUUGCGCCCCCAUGCAUGUGACGACUGCGGUAAAUCGUUUCCUAUUAAGAGCCAUUUGCGAAGGCAUAUCAGUUCUGUUCAUUGGAAGCAACGACCCCAUAUAUGUGAACAUUGUGGCAGAUCGUAUUCUGAGAAGUGCAGUUUGCAAAGACACAUCAGUUCUCUUCAUUUAA